AAACGGAGUUAGUCCAUAAUAAUCAUACAAAACGUUAUCUGAAUUAGAUCGUUGUUAGCCAAAGUGUAGUGAACAUAUAAAAACGAAAAUCAAAAUCAAAUAAAAAUAAAAAACAAAUAAACACAAAAAUAUUUUUAAAGUGCGAUAGAAGUUCACAAAAAAAAAAAAAAACCAAAUAAAAAAAUUGCCUUUUUUUUAAGCAAACGUUAAACUUAAUUAUUGUGAAACCUAUAUGAUCUGCAAGCAAAAUGAGCGGUGUUUUACGACGUGGAUCUUUAAGUUUCGAUGCCAAUCUUAAUGGUCGUUCGAAACGCGGUUGUAAUGAUUCAAAUCUUUAUGGCGGUUAUCACGAACACAAACGAGUUCGCACUCCUGAAAUUAGUGUUAUUUCCUUCGAUUUUCGCCGUCAUUCGCAAGAUUUGAAAAAAGACACCCUAACUUUAUCAACUGCACCCGAUUUAAGCGAUGACAUUGACAGCGAUAUUAUUUCCAAUUAUGUGGGUCAUUAUGGUAAAUGGAAUUUUCUAUGGACACUGCUGUUGAGUUUAUUUCAAAUAAUGCCAACCUUUCAAAUAUUUAUGUUUGUCUUUCAGGUAAGUGUUACACAUAUGCAUUAUAUAUGCAAAAAUGAAGUCUUUCUAAAUACCAAUAAUAUUAACAAUAAUGAUAUUAUCGCUUACGAUGACGACGAAGUAGAAUUAUUACAAUCGCAACGUUUAUAUAAAAUUUUGGGUUAUACCGGUCGAUGGCAGAAAAUUUGGUGUUUUUUAUUAUCGUGUUUUCAAAGCGCUUCCACUUUUCAUAUUUUUUCAUUUGUAUUUCAUACGGCUGAUAGGGAUUUUUGGUGUGCGCGCCCUCCUCAUCUGCAUAAUAUUGACGUUACCUUCUGGCGUAAUUUGACGCAACCUAAGGAUGUUUGUUCUAUAUUGGAUGCCGAUUAUAGUACAAUACGGAAUUUAGAUAAUCUCGUAGACUAUGUUAAGUCCGUUGGAUUGUCGGCUAAUUAUACGCAAUGCUUGGAAUUUGAAUUUUCUCGAGAGAAUGGAGAGGGAAAGACUCUGGUUGAGGAAUUCGGUUUAGUAUGCAAGCAUCGCGAAUUGUUAAGUGUCGUGGAAAUGUGCUUUCUAGCCGGAGCAGCGAUUGGAAGCGUUUUAAGUGGUUACAUUUCGGAUCGCUACGGACGUAAACAUACUUUGUUAAGCUUUGCUUUCGUUCAAACAGUUUUCGGCACAAUAUUGGCCUUUUCAACGUCCUUGGCCAUGUACAUGGGACUACGUGUGAUAAUUGGUUUCGCUUCAAUGACCGUGGCCGUUGUAAGUUUCGUGCUUGUGGUUGAAUUGGUCUCCGGCAAAUGGCGAACAAUAAUUGGAAUUUUGAAUAUUUUACCGGUUGCUGCCACCUAUGUGCUUAGCUCAGGCAUAGCAUAUUACAUACGCGACUGGCGUACGUUACAAUUGACUAUAUCGUUGCCUUGGUUUGUCUUUCUGUCUAUGUGGUACUGCGUGCCAGAAUCACCGCGAUGGCUAUUGGCUCGUGGUAAAUUACAACAAUUGUAUAGCGUAGUGGAGAGGGCAGCACGUAUGAAUGGCAUAACAUUGCCAGCUAAUUAUCAAAAAUCUUUGGAAGCCGUAGCGCCUCUCGUCAGCAAAGCACCAUCCAGUAUAGAAGAUGCUGUAAAUGAAAGAAAUUUGAAAACAACUGAAUCCGCUAUUAAAGGCAAUCCAUUGACAGUGGUAUUCGGUAAAACUUAUUGGCGUACAACUUGCUUAACUUUAAUAUCUUGGCUGAGUCUAAUCAUAAUAUACUUUGGUUUGACUCUACAUCUUAGCAAUUUUGGCGGUGACAUCUAUGUGAAUACAGCUAUUGCUGGUACAAUUGAGACAAUAUCCAUAUGCUUGAGUAUAUUUGUUGUUUUAAAAUUUGGUAUAAAACGUAACUUGGUUGCUUACAUGCUAAUACCGGGUGUAUGCUGUUUGGCGACAAACCUAGUGCCCAAAGGAGAAGAAUAUCUAAUUUAUGUCAUUGCUUUGGCGAUGAUAGCGAAAUGUGUAAUUGGAGCUAGUAAUGCAAUUAUUCCUAUUUUUACGGCUAUGCAGUAUCCUACAAUAGUGCGGAAUUUCGGUGUAGGUAUAGGUAAUCUGGGAGCUGGCGUCGCUUUGAUUUUGGUGCCUUAUAUGUGGCUUUUGGAACACAUUGAACCUUUACUACCCAUGACCAUUAUGGGCAUUUGCGGUUUAAUUGGUUCGGUUGCUUUAAUAAUGAUGAAGGACAUCGAACAAUGAACUAAUCGCAAUAGUUUAUAUCCGCUGUUUGCAAUAAGUGAUUAACAAAAUUUACUCUACUGUGAUACUUUGGUUUUUAUAUAAAUUUUACUUUGGUUUAUGUUGUAAACUAUACUUUAUUUUUAUUUUUUUUUUUCUUAAUUCCUAAGAUAAUGUUAUAAGUUAUGUUGAGAAUCUGUUAUGAAAGAAAUAAAAUUUAGAAAUUUUUUUUUUUUUUAAUUAAAUAACUGUAAGGCUGUAAAA